AUUUUGAAAGAGAGAAGAAAUUAGUGACCGCAAGUGCAUCGGCCAGCGUUUAUUUCCAACGGUACCGGAGCACAAAGGGGGACAUUAAUUACGCGGACAGUUUUCUCUGAUACGUUAUCUGUAGAAACCUCGGCUACAGUUACCGCCGUUCUCGAUAGCGCGUCCAUUGAUCGAGCGCGCGCGCAGGUGGGGGCGGCCGCGAUCUCCCACCAGCGAGCGCGCCAGUACCAUCGCUGCCGACACCGAGUGACGCGCGUAUACGUUUCUAAUUUGAAAAAUAAUAUCGACUCGACAAAAUUACGUUCCAUAUUUAUUUGGAUUAUUUCGCUGCAUAUGUGUUCUAGUGAUCAAACGAUGUGAUGUUUAGUGUUCGUGUCAUGUUUUGUAACAAAUUAUUUUCGUGUAACACGUAUGUCAUUGGAUUCGUUUAGCCAGUUGCAACAAACGAAAAUGUGACUGUUUGUUUUAAUGUCAAGUUUUAAUCGAUCGACGAUCGAAAAUGGGCUUUAUUGACGUUCUGUUCACGAUAUAAAGAUGAAGAUGAGAGAGUUAAUGAGGAUUACUUUCGUGUGUGUGUGCGCUUUCCUUCUGGCAGUGCGUGAGACCAGGUGUGAGGAUGAAGUGUCCGAAGUGGAGGUGGACGGUGGAGCCCUGAGAGGCGAGGAUCUCAAUGAGCAGCGGAAGGAUCCUAAAGGCCCCCUACCAGGUGGUGGUAGGAGGACAACGACGCAGAGCAGUGCGAAUGCCACGAGGGACUCGCAACUGCUCUCCCUGCUCGCCGCCCGCAGGCGACAGCUUCUCAACGAAAGACUGGCGACGCAUAUCAAUACGUUAGCGUCAUUAGCACAUAAGGCUAACAAAACCAACACAACUUUUCUCCAAUUGGAAGUCCGUGAUUCAACUAGCUCUACAGUGAAGAGAAUAACAUUUGAUAACUCAAGUAAUGAGCCAGAAACGACUUUAAAGCUUGUGACAUCAGAUGGAUCAAAGGAAUUAAAACAAGAAGUCAAGCCGCAUGAAAUACGACAUCUCUUUAUACCCAGGUUAUACCAGGAGAACAAAAGUAGAGCUGGGUUCAUUAAUAAUCGGCGGAGAGAAGCAAUUAAUAAGGCUUUCACAAUACCUGAACGCCCAGAAAUCACUGAGAGUACCAUAGUUUAUGUCCCACCAGAGAAGUUCGAAAACCUCGAUAAAGAUGUUGAACUGGAUCCCGAAGAGGAGUUUCAAGUUGAUGAAUCAAAUCACGGAUUAUAUCUACUUAACUAUUCCGACACCGAAAAUGUUACACAGAACACAAAUCUAGCCACGGCAGUUAGCGAAGCUACUGAAAAUACUACUAUAGUCGAGAAUACGACAGUUACAAGCGAUAUCCUGAAAGAAGAAACUACAACCAAACCAGUAAAUAAAGAUUCGGAAGAAAAAACUGAAUCUAAUACUAUAGCAAACAGUACUGAAAGUAAAAACACAAAACUUGUUAAAGUUGAAAAUGACAAAGAUAACCAGACAUUAUUUAUGACUGAUGAAAUAUAUAAUCACUUUAGACCAAUGGAAACUGAGUUACCCGUCGAAGAAAUAGCACCUUUUAAGUAUUUCGGCCAAAAACUUGGUGGGCAAGCUAUAAGUGAUAAUCUCACUAACUCGCCAUCUCUAUCAGCGUCGACUAAAUCUGUAAAUUUUAUCGUUGCACCAUUAGAGAAGCGAAAGUUUAAUUCAAGAUAUUCAGCAACCGAGAAAUAUAAGAAUACCAGCGUUGAUGAAGAGGAAAUAAAUGAGGACAUGGACGUGUCAGUUGUAAAGAAAUAUAUAGAGAAGAAUAAAAUAAGAAAUACUGUAAAAGGACCCGCACCUGCUCGACAUGUCGGCUUAGUUAAUGCGUAUAGGAAAUUUUCCAGCACUGUGUCGCCAACUACUGCUACUGCUACGCAAUCAAAUGUUACCGAUAUAACCUUAGAAAAUAGCACACAGAGUACUGUUGACCAAACAAAAGACAUAAGUAAGGUAAAUGGUACGGCAACAAGUAAAGACACUUUAACAAAGCGUAACAACACUUUAACUACAAGAGACAACUUGUCAAAUAAAUUCAAUGUCACGUCAGCGACACCUAGAAACUUUACAAGAAACUAUUCUAAUAUUAGAAGACGACCACUGAGAGUGACAGCUGCUGCUAGCACUGAAAACACUCCUAUACUUUCCACGGUACCUACCAAUGCUACAACUGAAAAGGCAUCAACAUCAGUAUACACGGCAGUUGUAACUUCAGUAUCCAUCACAUCUUCCAUGAAGGGUCAAAAUAAAACAGAUGGAAAUCUCAAAGACGAUAAUAGCACAGUGUCUGUGAGCCCCGAAACGAAUGUAACUUCCACUCCAAAAGCAGUAAUUCUUAAUGUAACUAACCCAACUACAGUCUCACCUUCAAUUUAUCGACCGAAACACAUAAUACGUAUCAGAACAACAACUACUGAAAAUCCGAAUUCUAGCCCUUAUACAGUAUCAUCACCACCCAGUGAACAAACGACUAAGGUAUCAGCAGGAUUAGUCAAAAACGAAACUGAAUCGAAAAUAUCAGAGAGACUAGCGAGUUUAUUCCGACAAAGAAAUAUCGAAAAUGCGACAAAUAGCACAAGAUCUAGAAAUCACAGAAGAAGACGACCGACGACUACCAGCACGACUACGACCACUCCUGGUCCGACUUUACCGCCUACUGAGAGAGCUACAGUCCUACCAGUGUCAACUCCACUGCCUACGACUCCCUCUUCUACUCUUCUAACGACAACGUUGGCACCAGACACCACACCAGCAUUCAAGCCGUUCGUAGUAACAUCACGAACUUCUUCCAAAUCAAGUUCGAAGCCAGUGUUUGUAGCAAGUACUACAGCCAAAAGUGUUGCUGGUAAAAAUGUUAACAGAACUGACGGCGAAGAAACUGAGGAUUUAGCAACACAGAAUGAGGAGGUAGUUAUUGAAGCAGAGAAAACUUACACAGCGUCUUAUGUUUUAGCCGGGCUAGGAUUUUUACCUGUAGCAGCCAUUGUAGCUUUUGUUUUAAGAAGUGUUUUAAAUAAGAAGACCAAAGAGAUAGACACAGAAUACGAGGGAUACUUUGAGGAUGGUGAUAUUAAAAAGGAGUCUCCUAUAACGCCAGUUGCCCGGCCACCAAUACCGACUCCAACUAAGCCUGAUCAAAAGUGGGAAUUUCCGAGGAACAAGUUGCGUUUACAAACGCUUUUGGGUCAAGGGAACUUUGGGCAGGUAUGGAAAGCUGAGGCAGACGAUCUAAAUGGCCACGAUGGCUUGACGCGGCUGGUGGCGGUAAAGAGUAUCAAGGAAACAGCCUCACAGAAGGAGAAACAAGAGCUCCUUCAUGAAAUAUACAUCAUGCAGAAAAUUGGAACUCAUCCAAAUGUUGUCACGUUACUUGCCUGUUGCACUGAACAAGAACCAUAUCUCCUAAUAAUGGAAUAUGUGAUGUGUGGCAAGCUACUCACUUACCUGCGAGAGCGCCGCUCCAGGCCUGACCGGUUCAGCGGGAGUGGAGCUCUCACAUCUAGAGACCUCACAGUGUUCGCGUACUGUGUGGCUCGGGGGAUGGACUAUAUAGCUUCUAAGGGGAUUGUGCACCGUGACUUGGCCGCUCGUAACGUGCUGGUGGACCACAAUAAGCUUUGCAAGGUGGCUGACUUCGGCAUGUCCCGAGCGGGUGGUACCGGGGGCGCCACGGGUGGGCCCGGAGCGGGAGCGGCCGGGGCGCGGGGCCCGCGGGGCGCUCUGCCUGUGCGGUGGAUGGCGCCCGAAGCUCUGCUCUACAAUGUGCACAGUACACAUACUGAUGUGUGGGCUUUCGGCAUUUUGCUCUGGGAAAUUGUUACUCUUGGGUCGACGCCGUACGCUGCGAUGUCAGGGCGUGAGGUACUGGCUGCAGUAACAGAAGGCUACCGGCUGGAGCGGCCGGCGCACUGCUCGCCGGCCCUGUACCGCGCCAUGCACGCGUGCUGGGCGGCCGACCCCGCGCAGCGCCCCAGCUUCGCCGCGCUCAAGGCGCAGCUCGCGCAUCUGCUCGACAAUGAGCCCGCCGAGGGCAACUACGUCGACCUUGACUCCUUCUACCAGGAGUCUUCAGUGUACAGCGACCCCUCCGCUAUCAUCAACGAUGAUGAAGGCCUCUCUGCCGAGUAUGAUAGGGAGAGACGCUGUUUUAGAGAACUUGCCACCGGACCUGCCAAAUUCGAGAACCGAGCAUUCAACUUCCGUGAUGAGGAACUUCGAAACAAGUUCGGCAUCGGAACACCACGGAUGGGAGGCUUUGGCAUUCGCGACGUACCGUUUAACGACAGAAAUUUCUCGGACGGCGAAUUCAACGAAAGAAAUUUCCCCAAAGAAAACUUUAGUGACACAAAUUUCACGGAACGAAAAGACGGAAAGCUCUCCACUUCCAGUUUUCAUAGAGAAAGAGAGAGAGAACGGGAGAACCCAUUGGUCAGUAGAAAUAGUUUCAAUGGGUUCCCCAGAGUGGGGACAAGGGAUAGAGAUAAUCACUUCCAAAUGGCACCAGACGGAAGGAAUAAAAGAGUACCGGAGUUCGAAUGUGAUAUUUAAGUCACCAAAAGAGCGAAGUCCCUGAUUGACCAUAUUUCUGCUUUAGGCAAACUUUCGUAAAGCUAAAUGGACAUAACUAAGUGUGCAUGUACUGAUUGGUUUCUUGACAAGAAAUAACCUAUUUUAGUACGAAGGUUGUGAGUCGUAUCAAACGCUUGUAAAUGUAUGAAUGAGUUUGAGAUUUUUUUAUUUGGAAAGUGAUAGUUGUGGACUUAGUUAUGCCUCCAUUUCAUCUGGAUACCGUCAUAUUCCCACUGAUUCAGUAAAACUCGACUGAACUGUAAUUAUUUUUGUGUUUAUAUUACGGCUGUUUUUGCCAGCACCGACAAUAUUUUGCACUAGUGUGGAGACAUGACAUAUGAAGUGUUAAUUUCAUACAAAAAAUGAAAUUUCGUAACUUGAUUACUAUGUUUAUAAUUGUAAAUAAUUUGUUAAUUUAUAACAGUAUUUUUAUAAUAGUGUAUGUCGUGAUUUUCAUAUGAUUUGUAAAUAAAGAACUGUUACGUAUGUUGUAUUGUAUAUGUGUUAUAGGUGGAUAGGUAUGUAGCCCGCAUUUGAUACAGGUCCAUAAUAACUUGAAUAUUUACUAUUAAUUACUGUAUUCAUUUCAAACAAAUUGUAACGUAAUCAUUUAGGGUCAAAGUUAAUGGCUGGAAAAGGACAAUUUUGUAAAAAGCCACUUUUUUAUGAAUAAAAUAAUGUUUAAAAUAAGAACAAGUUUUCUGUGAGACGUUAUGCACACUUAUUUUUAAUACUGGCAAUUUCAGUUUUAGAUUCUCUAUAUUAUGGCCUUUUUUUAACUACUUACUCAUUUUAAUAAAAAAAACAUUUUAUUUCCAGUUAUUUUUUUAAGGUCAUGUUGGUAUUUUACUUUUAAAAUCAUAUUUUUAUCAGGUGAAAUGAAGUUGGAUCACAAUGGUGCUAUAAAGUAACGAUUGUUUUUGCUGUACAUAAUAACAGAUAUAUUAUUAUUUAAAGGUGAGUGUUUAAGGGUUAUCUAGAAAAUAAUACACAAAUACGUUAAAAAAAAACUGAUUUCACCUAGUUGAAAAAAAGUAGAAAAGUAAAAUUGUUUGUAAUGACUUUAUUCGUUGGUGAUUUAAAUGGAGCGUCCAUUUUAACUUGAAAGUCAAAACUAAAGGUUAGUUUCAGAUUUCGCUUUUUAUAUUUUAUAAAUGUGAAUAUUGUGUAGCUACCCCUUAAGCACGUUAUAUGUAAUGUUACUCACUCACAGUUUUAUAUUUCUCUAUCCCAUAUCUCAGUUAGAUAUCGCUGUCUAGUCUCAAAAAUUGUAUGAUUGUAUGAUAGUAUUGGUUUAUAGUAAGAUCUGAUGUAGUUUUAAGAUUAAAAGAAUUAUUUUAUUAUAAAUAAAUAUUAAAAUGUAUUGAAACUUUA